UCGUCACUUCCGGCGGACGCUCUGCGUCGUUUGCUACGUCACUUCCUGCCGAUACCGGUGUGGACGGUGUGGAUCGUGGUGGGGCCGGUUCUCCGGUUCUCCCCCCUCCCCUACUUUCCUCCCUCCCUCCCUUACCCUCCCUCGGCGACUGUCGCUCGCCUGUCGCAGACUCCCUGACCCUUCCCUAACCCUUCCCUGACCUCGGUGCCGCCAGAUUGGCCCCCUUUUCCUGUUUUCCCAGCGCAGCCCCAGUGUCAGGGCGGGGGGCCUUGAAGAGCCUGAGGCGCUGCAGCUGAGGAGAGAAAAGACGACGACGACGACCCUCGGCUCGCCAGCCCCAUCGCUGGGUUCGCCGCCAUGGCUAUGAGGCAGACGCCGCUCACUUGCUCGGGCCACACGCGGCCGGUGGUUGAUUUGGCCUUCAGUGGCAUCACGCCUUAUGGGUAUUUUUUAAUCAGCGCCUGCAAAGAUGGUAAACCUAUGCUACGCCAGGGAGAUACAGGAGACUGGAUUGGAACAUUUUUGGGUCAUAAAGGUGCUGUUUGGGGUGCAACAUUGAAUAAGGAUGCCACCAAAGCAGCUACAGCAGCUGCAGAUUUCACAGCCAAAGUGUGGGAUGCUGUCUCAGGAGAUGAAUUGAUGACCCUGGCUCAUAAACACAUUGUCAAGAGUGUGGAUUUCACACAGGAUAGUAAUUAUUUGUUAACUGGGGGACAGGAUAAACUAUUACGCAUAUAUGACUUGAACAAACCUGAAGCAGAACCUAAGGAAAUUAGUGGUCACACCUCUGGUAUUAAAAAGGCUCUAUGGUGCAGUGAGGAUAAACAGAUUCUUUCAGCUGACGAUAAAACUGUUCGCCUUUGGGAUCAUGCUACUAUGACAGAAGUGAAAUCUCUAAAUUUUAAUAUGUCUGUUAGUAGUAUGGAAUAUAUUCCUGAGGGAGAGAUUUUGGUUAUAACUUAUGGACGAUCUAUUGCUUUUCAUAGUGCAGUAAGUUUGGACCCAAUUAAAUCUUUUGAAGCUCCUGCAACCAUCAAUUCUGCAUCUCUUCAUCCUGAGAAAGAGUUUCUUGUUGCGGGUGGUGAAGAUUUUAAACUUUAUAAGUAUGAUUAUAAUAGUGGAGAAGAAUUAGAAUCCUACAAAGGACACUUUGGUCCUAUUCACUGUGUGAGAUUUAGUCCUGAUGGAGAACUCUAUGCCAGUGGUUCUGAAGAUGGAACAUUGAGAUUAUGGCAGACUGUGGUAGGAAAAACAUAUGGCCUUUGGAAAUGUGUGCUUCCUGAAGAAGAUAGUGGUGAGCUGGCAAAGCCAAAGAUUGGUUUUCCAGAGACAACAGAAGAAGAGCUGGGUAAGUACUAAUGGAUUGACUUUCAUACGAGUCUUGGGGAAUUUAAAAUUGAAGUGUACAUGAGUUUUACUCAAUUGCCAAAAUCAAUUUAUUAAACAUGGACAUAUUUACUUAAUGGGAAGUUUGAAUAUUAUCAUAUACACACACACACACACACGCAUUUAUAAACUAAAUAUUUAAAUACCUCCUGCAUAGUAAUAGGCACUGAGAUAUAGUAUGGACAUGACUGAUGUGGUUGCUCUUACAGGGCUUAGAGUCUAACUUGGGAGACAUACUGAAACAAAUAAAUUGUUACAAUUUUAAGGGGAAUUGGGAAAGCUUCCUAGGGAAAUGACAUUUAAACUGGGACCUGAGGAUGAGCAGAGUACUUAGGUGAGGUUAAGGGGGAGUUUGUGUUGGUAGGCACAGGACAGAUGAGUUCAUAGCAGGAAAAAGAAAACAUACUAAGGCUCAGAAGCAAAAAGGAGCACAGCAUAUGAGAAACUAAAAGAACUGUAUCAUGCCUCCAGGUUAAAGGACAAGGGUAGAGUGGGCUGGAGGAGCUAGAUCAUUUGAGGGCCUCAUUAGCAGUAUUAGGAAUUGGAGAGUUUUAUACUAAUAGCAAUAAGAAACGUUUGAAUUUUAAGCAGAGGAAUAAUAAUACAUUUAAGUUUUUACAGAUUCCCUUGGUUGUAGUGUGUAGAAAGAAUUGGACCAGGGACAAGAGUGAAUAUAGACCAGUUAG